AGGGUCCUAAGCCUCCGACCGCAGCUGCAGGAGCCUGGGAAGGCCUCACGGGCUGCGCUGGGGGCAGGGCUGCCUUCCUUUCUGGAGGCUCCAGGACCGUCCACCCCUGGCCUCCCAGCUGCUGCAGGUGUCCACAUCCCUCCGCUCCGGCCUCUUCCUCCGUCUCCCAGGCCAGCAGCGUGGUGUCCUCUGACCUCCUUCCAUCCUCACGUCUUCUUCUGCCCCCUCCUCCUUUCGGGGACCCUGUGAUUAUGGGGCCCUCUGGGUCCCCCAGGCCGGUGUCCCCCGGCCAUGUGGCCCAACACAGCCGCAGGUUUGGGUGAAGACGUGGGCAUCUUCGGGGGACGGGCCUGCCUUCCACAGGGGCUCCUGGCACCGAGCGGGCAGAGGGCAGGUGUGCUGCUGGACAUCCCACAGAGCACAGGACGCCCCACAACCAAGAUGAUCAGACCCCGAAUGUCAACAGUGCCCCUGCUGGGAGCCCCGGGGAGCCUGGACUACGUCUACUUCGAGAACUCCUCCAGCAACCCCUACCUGAUCCGGAGAAUCGAGGAGCUCAACAAGACGGCCAAUGGGAACGUGGAGGCCAAGGUGGUGUGCUUCUACCGGAGGCGGGACAUCUCCAGCACCCUCAUCGCCCUGGCCGACAAGCAUGCCACCCUGUCUGUCUGCUACAAAACUGGGUCCGGGGCCGACAACGGCGAGGAAGGGGAGAUCGAGGAGGAGAUGGAGAACCCCGAGAUGGUUGGCCUGCCCGAGAAGCUCAAGCACCAGCUGCGGCACCGGGAGCUGUUCCUCUCGCGGCAGCUGGAGUCCCUGCCCGCCACCCACAUCAGAGGGAAAUGCAGUGUCACUCUGCUCAACGAGACCGAGUCGCUCAAGUCCUACCUGGAGCGGGAGGACUUUUUCUUCUACUCUCUCGUCUACGACCCGCAGCAGAAGACCCUGCUGGCCGACAAAGGGGAGAUCCGUGUGGGCAACCGGUACCAGGCGGACAUCACGGACCUGCUGAAGGAAGGGGAGGGGGACGGCCGGGACCAGUCCAAGCUGGAGACCAAGGUGUGGGAGGCACACAACCCGCUCGUGGACAAGCAGAUCGACCAGUUCCUGGUGGUGGCCCGUUCUGUGGGCACCUUUGCGCGGGCCCUAGACUGCAGCAGCUCCGUCCGACAGCCCAGCCUGCACAUGAGUGCCGCGGCUGCCUCGCGGGACAUUACCCUGUUCCACGCCAUGGACACGCUGCACAAGAGUCUGUACGACGUGGCCAAGGCCAUCUCGGCCCUGGUGCCGCAGGGCGGGCCUGUGCUGUGCCGGGACGAGAUGGAGGAGUGGUCGGCCUCAGAGGCCAGCCUCUUCGAGGAGGCCCUGGAGAAAUACGGGAAAGAUUUCACAGACAUCCAGCAGGACUUCCUGCCCUGGAAGUCGCUCACCAGCAUCAUCGAGUAUUACUACAUGUGGAAGACCACGGACAGAUACGUGCAGCAGAAACGAUUGAAAGCAGCUGAAGCCGAGAGCAAGUUAAAGCAAGUCUAUAUUCCUAACUAUAACAAGCCAAAUCCGAACCAGAUCAGCGUCAACAACGUCAAGGCGGGUGUGGUGAAUGGCGCAGGGGCGCCAGGCCAGAGCCCUGGGGCCGGCCGGGCCUGCGAGAGUUGUUACAGUAAGUGCCACCGCCCGGCAUCCGGGGCUCGCCCCAGCCCGCGCGCGGCGCGCCCCCUUCCGCAGAGCCCCCAUGGCAUCCCAGCCCGGAGCAGCGGGAGCCCCAAGUUCGCCAUGAAGACGAGGCAGGCCUUCUACCUGCACACCACCAAGCUCACGCGGAUCGCCCGGCGCCUGUGCCGAGAGAUCCUGCGCCCGUGGCACGCCGCCAGGCACCCCUACCUGCCCAUCAACAGCGCGGCCAUCAAGGCUGAGUGCACCGCCCGGCUGCCCGAAGCCUCGCAGAGCCCGCUGGUGCUGAAGCAGGCCGUGCGGAAGCCCCUGGAGGCUGUGCUCCGGUAUCUUGAGACCCACCCCCGCCCCCCCAAGCCCGACCCCGUGAAGAGCGUGUCUGGUGUGCUCAGCAGCCUGACCCCUGCCAAGGCGGCCCCCGUCAUCAACAACGGCUCGCCCACCAUCCUGGGCAAGAGGAGCUAUGAACAGCACAACGGUGUGGAUGGCAACAUGAAGAAGCGUCUCUUGAUGCCCAGUAGGGGCACUUACCUGGGCCUGGCGAACCACGGACAGACCAGGCACAUGGGACCAAGCCGGAACCUCCUGCUCAACGGGAAGUCAUACCCCACCAAAGUGCGCCUCAUCCGGGGGGGCUCCCUGCCCCCCGUCAAGCGGCGUAGGAUGAACUGGAUCGACGCCCCCGAUGACGUGUUUUACAUGGCCACCGAGGAGACCAGGAAAAUCCGUAAGCUGCUCUCGUCCUCGGAGACCAAGCGUGCUGCCCGCAGGCCCUACAAGCCCAUCGCCCUGCGCCAGAGCCAGGCCCUGCCGCUGCGGCCGCCCCCGCCCGCGCCCGUCAACGACGAG